GUAGGAAGUGACAAAACAUGCAUGCUGAGAUGGCAGCAAUGACAGUGGGGCUUGCAAAGCACCAGUGAGCUACGGCCAGUGUCUCGAGCUCAUCUGAACAGUAUGGACUUAUGAAACAGUGAACAGAAUGACUGGCCCUAAUGCUGUCUGUUGGGACGAGAGCUCUUGUUAAAAUACAAUGGGGAACGCAAUGAAGAGUAUAGAAGUUGCGACCAGAAAUGGAAACACUGGCUCCAACCCUGCUCUGAGAAGCAACCAGUCGCACCAUGAAGAUUGUACCAUUUUGGUUGUGCUUGCUGACUAUCCUUCAAAGGACAUCAGUGAGCCAAUCUUCAGAGCAGGAGAGAGGUUGAAAGUUUUGGCUCAGGAAGGACCGUGGUGGAAAGUAUGUUCAAUUCAGAGAGCAACUGAAAACUACAUUCCAAAUAACCAUGUUGCAAAAGUCUACCACGGCUGGCUGUUUGAGGGGGUGGCCCGACAAAAGGCGGAGGAGCUGCUGUAUCUGCCAGGAAAUAGAAUCGGGUCUUUCAUGAUACGAGAAAGCCAAAAGAACCGAGGUGAAUACUCUCUGUCUGUCCGGCACACAGCAGUGAUGCAUUAUCGUGUCCUUCGCCUUCCAAACAACUGGUAUUACAUAUCCCCCCGUCUCACCUUCCAAUGCCUGGAGGAGCUUGUUAACCACUAUUCUGACUCUGCAGAUGGCCUGUGCUGUGUUCUCACUACCCCCUGUCUGGCCUCACCCGCCCAUCCUGAGAACUUUCCCUCCCAUGACCCCACAGUGGUGAUGCGUCGCCACCAUGACAAAGUGGAAAGAACUGAAGGUAACUCCCAGUUAAGCUUUGGGGUACGCCACAGCAUGGCCUCCUACCUGUCUCUUAUGGAAUCGAAGGACUCCAAGCAAGGAAAGAACAACCGCAAAAAGAAAAGUAAAUCUGUUUAUGUAAUGCCAAACUAUGAGUUCAACAGUCUGUCUAUUGAAGAGGACUAAGCACACUGGGGUGAGUUAAACUGGCCAGUACCGAAGAAACGAUGCUGUGGUCCACGGUUGUAGCAUGUUUGAAUAAGAUCUGGACUGCAUCUCCCCACAGAAUCUGAAAAAGGAUGUUAAAAAUGGCAUGUUAUGCCAUGGCUUUUGUCGAACUCACCUCUCAAGUAAAGCAGCUGUAUCUUUCCUUCUAAGAAUCACAAAUUUUGCUUGCGUGAUUGGAAAAGACUUUAUUUUCAGGUGAAAUGGUGGAGCCAUGGAACUCGUAUUUGAAACGCUGUGGAAAUGUAACGGCUUAAUUAUCAGGCCAUUUAUCCCAUUGGCUUAAUCUACCGAAUCAUUGCAUUCUGUGCACUUUAUAGUAAAAUGUGAAUAUAUGUAAAUAAUAAAGGUUGUUCCUUGAGUAAAAAAACAAAUGUAUGCUGACAUGUAACUGAACACUACAUGAAUGUAACAUUUACAUCCACAUCCACAGUUAGUGACGUAAAAAUGUACAUGAUUCAAAAGUGAAAAAUAAUUAUUGGAUAUAACUUUUUGGUAGUUGUAUAGGGAAUUCCUGGUUUUAUUAUCAGGCAAAAAGCUGAAACCACAGAGUCAUUGCUGAGCUUUCAUGUAAAAGUGUCAAAAUAAUCUUGUGGCUCUAUUUUCUGUAAUCAAUGCCACACAGUUCAUGGGCGCAGUCAAUGGGUGCACUGGGUAUGGCUAUUGAAUGUUGGUAUUGUUCUGGGUACAUUAUUUUUUUUUAAGUUCACAGAGAAGGGGGAGGAAUAAACAGUGUUGUGGUUUGA